AUGUCAUUGCUGGGUGUGUUGAAUAACUACAACCGCGGUAACUACAAAUUAAAUCCAGUAAUUGUACAAGAAGAAGACUACAACGUCUACUACGGCGGUAUCAGCAAUGGCCUUCUAUGGCCAGCUUGCACAAUCUGCCGGAGUAUAUCGUCCCCGAUUACGACACGCCAAAGAUUUUACGAGAUCAUUGGUGUGCCUACGUACGUGUCAACUACCAGACUUCAUAUGGAUUCACGACUAUCAUUUAAUGUUAACAGGACUGGUGAUGCAGUCACUGGAUCCAAAUCUGGAGGUCGGCUUCUUCCUCACAUACCAUUUCAACCACCCGAAAACUUUUUCACAAAGUACGUCACCUGUGGACUGCCAGUCUUGAGAGGACUUUUGAGAUUCACAAAGGUUGGCUUUCAAGCACAUCGCGAUCGAGCCAAGUAUCUAGAACUGGUUAAAGAACAUCUGAAGGGUGUUGUCAUCACUCACGAUAACAACAUGGAUAUUGACACAGUAACUCACGAGGGAUGGACGUGCUCAUUGGGAGUGUUCCCAGUCAGUAUAAAGAAUGAUGACUUUUUGAAGUUUGUACAUAUGCCGGAAUCCGUGGUGAAAAAGGAAGCAAUAAGGACAAAGGUAGCUGUGACGAAUCGUCGUUCUGUGGAUACGUAUCGAGUGUACCAGGACGAGUGUAUAGAACUUGCGAAGAAAAUCGUCGAAGAAUUCAAGGAUCCGCAACGACCUGAGUGGAAGCCCCUCAUCUUCCAAACUGAUGGAUUACCGCGUCCAGAAUUAGUAGCAGCAUACAUGGCUAUGGACAUCGGAAUUGUAACGCCAAAGAAGGAUGGCAUGAACUUGGUGGCAAAGGAGAUGAUGGUGUGUAAUCCGCGAGCUGGUCUGAUUCUCUCCACUGGUGCUGGUUCCGAGAUUCAGUUCACCACUUCCGGUCUUUACAAGGAAGAUGGCGAGAAGAAUUACCAUCGAAUUUCUAACCUGUUUGAUGUCGAGGCCUAUGCCGAUGCUUUCUACGCAGCUGCAACCGAACCUGUAGAGGUACGAGCAGCACAUGGAAAGCGACUGAGUGAAUUCAUUUUGUCCAAUGACAUUGAACGGUGGAGUGCCGCCUUUUUGGAUCCGAGCUGGACCCACCAAGUGAUCCGGCCUACUCAGGUGAACACAUUGGAGGACUUUUUCUCUCUGAUGAUGCGUACGAGGAAUGUUCGACGGCAAAUUGAUUCGCUGGAGAACAGCUGUGGUCCCGAUUCACAUACUCUAGUGUUACGUGCUUCGAAUGAAUCGCCAGAUACAGCGAGAUUCGACAUAAAAAAUGAACUCGAUGAGUUUGAAAAGGAUCUCUCAUUCAUGGACUACGCUCAGAGUGAAGAUGUUGAUAACGUGGAACAGUUUGUAGACGUGAGUCUUCGUUUUCCUUUUUUUGUAAUACGCUUUGGACAUUGA